CCUGAGCUUGCAGGGGCUUCACUACCUCAGGGUCCCACCUCAACCUGCUCAGUAAUGGAUGCCAGAUUUUGACUGGGACCCGACAGCAAUCUGGAUUUGUUAGUGAGCUUGGUGAUACUAUUUUCACUUGGAGCUCUUUUUUUGUGAGCUUUUCUGUGUGUCUCUCCUUUCAGGAUCUUCUUGGCCUUCAGUGAAGAAGACCGAUCUGGGAAAGGGCCCCCCUGUCCCAACACAACACCUAACCGCCCCAUAGGCAGGUCAACAGCAUCGCCUUCUUUAGGGAAACUCUCUUCCUUAGCUGUUGGAAGGAACUCCCUUCCUCCCACAGCUCCAGCCCUGUUGCUCCUACUUUUCAGCAGUGUGUGCUGACCAGAGCAGAAAACAGCCUGAAAGCGCCUGAGCCUGAGAACCAAGAGCUGCAGGAGCAAGGGAACAGGAAAAUCCUCAGCACAGAGGGAGAAUUGCAGCAGCAGCAGAGUGGAACUGCACAGGCAUCAAGUGGAGGUGAAACCUGCAGCAUUGCUGACACUCCUUCUUUCCAGUGUGACAGCAGCGGCGUUUCCUGCCUAACGCAAACACAAGUCCCAGAGCUGCCUGCCACCCCUCUCUCAGGAGCACUGUGCUGCAGCCUCAGACACUAACAAGGAAUCCCUCCUGUCUAACUGUUCAGAGGAGACAGCUGGUGCCAGAAACAGAACUGGGAAAGGUACUUCCUUUGCUAGGAGAUAUUACCCUUGAGAAGACUGCUCCUCAGUCAGGGUCUCCUCUGGCUUUACUGACUCGCUUCCCACCAGUCUUGAAGCCGUGCCACUGGGAGAGGCUCAGAGAUGGCCGAAGGAGAAAUAACAACAUUCACCGCCCUGACUGAAAAAUUCAAUCUUCCCCUGGGGAACUACAAGAAACCCAAACUCCUGUACUGCAGCAACGGAGGCUACUUCUUGAGGAUCCUUCCAGAUGGCAAAGUAGAUGGGACAAGGGACCGAAGCGACCAAUACAUUCAGCUGCAGCUAAGUGCGGAAAGCGUGGGCGAAGUAUAUAUAAAGAGCACUGAGUCUGGACAGUUUUUGGCUAUGGAUACCAAUGGACUUUUAUAUGGAUCACUGUUACCGGGUGAGGAAUGCUUGUUCUUGGAAAGAAUGGAAGAAAAUCAUUACAACACGUACACGUCUAAGCAGCAUGCAGAUAAGAACUGGUUCAUUGGCUUAAAGAAGAAUGGAAGCUGCAAACUGGGACCGCGGACUCACUAUGGCCAAAAGGCCAUCCUUUUCCUUCCACUGCCCGUGUCAGCUGAUUAAGGGAAGUAUCCAGGGUGCCAUAAAAUGACCCUGAGUCUUAAGUACCAACUACUAUUCAUUCUCUCUCUCUCUUUCAGUGGGCACUGUGACAAAGAGCUUAAUUUUAGAUCCAGGAAUUUUAAAUCUAAACGCUUUAAAAAUAAAAUAGAGCUAUUUAAUUUUGCACUAACCAAGUUUAACGUGGAGGCGAGGAAAACACUUGCAGAGCAAUGGGCAGGUUGUCUCUCCAAUGCAUUCUUGUUGACGGGUCUCCAUUGUCAGACCUGUGCAACAGAAAGCAUGUGUGAGGCACAUUUGAGGAAAAUGUGUGCACUGAAAAAUGCAAAAGGACUCCAGAGAAUAUGCAUGAACUCGUGUUUCAAAGGGAGCACACAGGAAUGUUACUGCCCUAAACGCAUGGCUUACUAAAACACUAAAUCAAGAAGUUAUUACCAGGUGAAAAUACACACCUAGAGAGAACAGGUUCAUGUUUUAUAUUUCCAUAAAAGUAAAACAUCCCUAGAAUACAUAGGUAUUUUAAUGCAAUCUAGACAGUAUCUUAUAUACACUUCAAAAAAUUUAACUGCAUCAGUAUUCAAUUUAUCAACUGAAAGCAUAGUCAAGAAUUCUGCACCUAUCCCAAUUGUGUACAACUCAACUAACCACGACCCAUACUCUUGAAAACUAGACAUCUAAGCCAGUCAUACACUACUAAUAUUACUAUAUUUCUUGUUAAUAUCCUUCAUAUAUAAUUUGUAUUUAUUUAUUAAGUGACUCUGUAUACAUUAUAAAGAGUUCAAUAAUAUGAAUUAUAGCCAGUCAAAGCCAGUUAAUGUUAUCUCAAGAAGGAUGCAGAUAGGAUGAAGAGGGAUAUGAUUCUGACAAGAAAAUCUGGGAGAAAGGUCAUGGGGGAAAGGGAAGUAGUCAUGGAACUAUAUUACCAGGGUGGAUAAAAAUCAAUGAUUUAAAGAAAAAAAAAGAAUGUUUUUAUUUAAAUCGGAUUUUUUGAUAAAAUAGUUUGAGGAAAAAACCUAUCUAAAGAUAGUUUUAAGAUACAUUAUAGCUCAAAGAUAUCUCAUCAUGGAAUAGGGAUUAUAAAUUCUAAUUCUAUAGUAUGAGACAAUAUAAAUCAGUAAAUUCAGUAAAAUGAGUAAACUGUAAAUGAGUUUCAAUAGUUCAUGGAUUAGGGACCUGAUUUUAAGGGGUUCCAGGGGCUUCUGUAGAGAUUAUUUAGGUUAAUCUUUCUAUCUACCCAAUGGGACUCAAUGCUCAGUCU